CUCAGCCCAGCAAGCAGCAACCUGCCCUAGUGGGACAACCCUUUGGAUUACAAAAGAAGCAAGCAAGCAAGCAAGCAGGCAAGAGAGAGACAGAGAGAGACACAGAGAGACAGACAGCCAAGCCAUUAGCUUCUGGAUCUUCAGCAGAGGCUUUGCUGCUCCCGAAAGACCUCGAAGACCUCCGUAGCCUCCUUCUUUCCCGCUUAGGUGUCCCGGGGCAGUGGUCGGGGCAGAGAUGGCCAGCGGGGGUUUGCAGAUGCUGGGCUUCAUCCUGGCCUUCAUCGGCUGGAUCGGCAUCGUGGUGAGCACGGCCAUGCCGCAGUGGAAGAUCUCCUCCUACGCCGGCGACAACAUCGUGACCGCCCAGGCCAUCUACGAGGGCCUCUGGAUGUCCUGCGUCACCCAGAGCACCGGGCAGAUGCAGUGCAAGGUCUACGACUCGCUGCUCAAGUUGGCAGGCAACCUGCAGGCGACCCGUGCCUUGAUGGUGGCCAGCAUCCUCUUGGGCCUUAUUGCGACCGGUGUUGCCAUGAUCGGGAUGAAGUGCAUGAAAUGCAUGGAGGAUGAUGAGGUCAAGAAGAUGCGGAUGGCAGUCCUUGGAGGCAUCAUCUUCCUCGUCUCAGGGUUUGCUGCCUUGGUGGGCACCUCGUGGUACGGGCACCGCGUGGCUCAGGACUUCUUCAACCCGUACACACCAGUCAACACCAGGUUUGAAUUUGGACAAGCUCUCUUCAUCGGCUGGGCGGCUGCUUCCCUCGUCCUGCUGGGUGGAGCCUUCCUCUGCUGCUCUUGUCCCCGGAAGGAAACGUCCUACCCCUCGUCUCGGCCGUACCCCAAGAGUGCCCCCUCCGCCGGGAAGGAUUACGUAUAAUACCCGGCCGGCCAUGGAGAACACCACCUUGGCACUGAGAGAUGCUAAAGAACAUUGCCUUACCACUGUCUUUCCGAGAGCCAAGCGCACCGCUGUUGUGGCAGGUGCAUGGCCCUCUCUUCUGUAAAAGUAAACGUAUAUAGGCAUAUGGAAUAUAUACAUGCACGGUUUCUAUUCCUGGACGGGCACCUUGUCCGUUGCCCUUCCAAUGGAUGGGAAAACCCAGCCCCCCCCUCCCAAAUGUAAAUGUUCACAACCAAAUGGAGCAGAAGAGCUGACCUGGUAGGGAAGGUGUGUUUCUCUUCUUGGGGAGCAGAAGAGAGGUGGCCGCCCUCCGUGGGCUGGUGCUUCUCUGUCUCUUCUCCUACUGUGUUUGGGCAGUCAAGCCGGCUCCAGCCCCUGCUCCCACGCUCCCUGCCCCUCGGUCCCGUCGGAGAGAUCUCUGGAUCAAGGCAACAGAAGGAAACCAAGGGAGCCCGGGAGGGGCCAGAUGUUCCAAAAUCCUGAAGAAAAAUCUGGGCGACCCAUCCCUUUUGAAUGUGUGAAUCGCACCGGAGUUUCUGCUUGUCCUCCUUCUCUUCACAGGCAAAUCAAUCACUAAGCAUUCGAUGCUGUCAAACCUAUUCUGACGAUGUACAACAACUCCUCCCAGGGUUUCCUGUUCAGGCGUGGUUUCCCACUUGCUCACUCUGGUGGUGUUCUGGAAGCAAAGGGCAGCUUGCCCAAGGCCGCACGCAUGUGCCGAGGCCCUGAACCCCAUCUUGCCCCACCGGCUGUGAGUGAUUUUGACUGCCUCCCCCUCAAUCCCAGGAGGCACAGACUCCAGAUCUCCUGGCUCCACAGCCAGGGACUCCAACCCACUGAGCUAGACCAGCCGACAAGCAGCGCACGGGCCACCCAGUGUCUGGGAUUAGCCAUGGGAGCAGGAGGGGCUCUGACUAGCUAUGGGCUGAGGUUUGCCACACACACACACUGGCCACCAAAGAGUGGUAUAAUCCCACAUGGCCCAGUGUGCCGUCAUCUUCCUGAUUUCCAAAAUCGGCAUAGUAGCACAGAGGGCGACGUGGAUUAUUCUACCCACUGGGGUCAGGAGGCAUGGCAGAUCUCACCAGGACAGUGGAAUCAAUCAUCUCUGCUAGGAAUGAGAAUCAUUAAGGGAUCAAGAGCAACAACGUGGCUGAAUCGCCAGAUCAAUGCCUACUAUCUGUCAUCUGAGACCAGUGCAACACCACACCAUAACCGAUGGCCAGGCUGGCCCUGAGGGUUGCUAGGGGAAAAAAAGAGAGAAAGAAAUAGGGUGUGUGUGUGUGUGGGGAGAGAGUCAAAUUUUAUUUCAGCUCUGAUCUGUGUUCAAAUUCCACCUCCACUCACCUCUGUGGCACGCUCUGGAGGGCUUUGAGGAAAAUGGGUCGUCUCAACCAGAGGCUGGAAAAGGCAUUGUUUUGGAUUGCAGAUCCCAUAAUCCACCUAAUCAUGAUGGCCAGGUGGUUUUAGUAGUCCCCCCCCCGCCAACCUGUCAGUGUGAAUGGGGUUAAAUUAGGAUAGUCAAAUAAGGCGAAGACCCCGAGGUUGCCUCCACUUAAGGGGACACGCUACGAAAUGUGAACUCUACAGCGUGCAGGAAAAAAAGAACAUGAUCCGUGUCGCCCAUAAAGAACCCAAAGUAGGAAAAUGUGGAAGUUUGACAGUUGCGGCAGAUGUUUGUGCCAAGUCUGCUUCUCAAAACGGAAUCCCAAAAUUUGUGCUUGUGCCCUGCAUUUUUGGAACUUAAUCUCUGCACCAUCCACACCCCAGAGAGGGCCAACCUGAGGAAGAGGAUUGUCGGUUGUAAGCGAGGAGUGUGUGUGUCUAUGUGUGUGUGUGUGUGUUUCGGUGGUCUAAUAAAGGUAUCACCUACCCAGUGCACGGGCAGUUCUAGAGAAACGUACACUCCAACGUGGAUCAGUAUAUAUAAUCAUGUUUAUUAACGCAGUCAUCAAGGGCUUUGGAUAUACCUAUAAUUCUGGGGUUGGGGGAGGGGCAUGACUUUUCUAUGUGGACAUUGUAUAAACUGUGGACUG